CCUCCUCCGCCACCACCUCCGCCUCCUCCCCUCUCCACUCAAACUUGUCUCGCCCCGUUCACCCUCCUCCCCUCGCUUGGCCGGCUCCCACUUCGCGCGCGCGCGAACCCGCCCUCUACCGUUCGCCCCCAUGCCCUCGCGCUCGCGGCUCUGAUCCGGCCGCCAUGCAGCACCGCUCGCCGACGGCGGCCUCGGCAUCCUCGGUGGCGGCCUUGGCGCCUGGUGUGGGCGGGGUGGAGUUGACCGUGACGCUGGACCAGGUGCCGCGGUGGAGCGACCCCGACCAGCGUCUCUCCUCCUCCUCUUCCCCCACCGCCGCCGCCGGAUCCGAGACCCCCGCCUCGUCCUUCCUCUCGUUCGCCGACCCGCUCAUAGGCGACGGCGCGGCCGGGGCCGGGGGUCGUGGCGCCUCCCGGUUCCCCGUCGACCACGAGAUCAACUCGAAGAUCUGUCUCUGGCGCGGCCACCCGUGGAACGUCGAGGUCGAUGCCGUCGUCAACUCCACCAAUGAGAACUUGGACGAGGCCCAUAGUAGUCAGGGAUUGCAUGCAGCGGCGGGGCCAGGGCUUGCCGAGGAGUGCGCUACCUUGGGUGGCUGCCGGACUGGGAUGGCUAAGAUGACCAAUGCAUAUGAUCUUCCUGCUCGGAAGGUAAUUCAUACCGUGGGCCCUAAAUAUGCUGUCAAGUACCACACAGCUGCAGAGAAUGCACUUAGUCACUGCUACAGAUCUUGUUUGGAACUACUCAUUGAGAAUGGUCUGGAAAGCAUCGCAAUAGGUUGCAUAUAUACAGAGGCCAAAAAUUACCCUCGUGAACCAGCUGCUCAUGUGGCAAUAAGAACUGUUAGACGUUUUCUGGAGAAACAAAAAGGCAAAAUAUCUGCUGUUGUAUUUUGUACUACUACAUCAUCUGAUACAGAGAUAUAUAAGCGAUUGCUUCCCCUAUAUUUCCCUCGGGACAAGAAAGAGGAGGAGAUUGCUUCAGUGAAACUUCCAGCUGAUGUCGGGGAUGAGAAUGGCGAGACAAUAAUAGAUGAACGGAAAAUACGAAUAAAACCUUUACCUGCUGGGGCUGCUAUUAGCAAAUGUGCAGCUCCUGCGCCUGUGGAUAUUCCUCUUUCUGAUUCUGGAUUGGCACGUAGAGGAAAUUCUUUCAAGUUAGAUUCAUAUUUGGAUCCUACCUUUAUGUCAAUAAUUAAAGAUCCAGAUCUCCAACGUAAGGAGCAGUGGGAAAAGUCUGUUCAGGCAAACAAGGGAUUUAAUUGGGCUAAAUUGCUUGGAUACGGUGACCUUGGUGGUCCUCCAUUAUCUGCUGCUGAAGAAUAUUCACUUCAUUCACGAUACCUUGUGAAAGCAAAUUCUCUCAAUCCUUCAGAGAUUGCUGAAAUGAAAAUAAUUUACCGAGGCGGAGUUGGUAGUGAAGGACGUCCUGUAAUGGUUGUUGUUGGUGCUCACUUUCUACUUCGCUGUUUGGAUCUUGAGAGAUUUAUUCUAUAUGUAGUAAAGGAGUUUGAACCGUUGAUUCAAAAGCCUUACUCAAUUGUCUAUUUCCACUCAGCAGCAUCUUUACAAGUACAACCAGAUUUAGGAUUCAUGAAGCGGUUGCAACAAAUAUUAGGUCGGAAGCAUCAGCACAAUCUUCAUGCUAUAUAUGUACUUCACCCAACUUUGGGAUUGAGAACAGCUAUAUUGGCAUUGCAGCUUUUUGUUGAUAGGGAGGUCUGGAAGAAAGUUGUCUAUGUUGACAGGCUUGUGCAGCUGUUCAGAUAUGUACCACGUGAACAACUGACAAUUCCAGAUUUUGUCUUCCAGCAUGAUCUGGAAGUGAAUGGCGGAAAGGGCAUAAUCGUUGACCCUAGAACAAAGCAUGUUUACCAAAGACCAUCUGGUUGAGAAAUAUAGCCUGCUAUCCAGAGAUCCUCCUAAACCACACUGUACAAUCUCUUUGCCCUCUAUAGAAGAUUUUCCGUCUCGAUCUGUGUAUUUUGUAUCUAGUUGAGUUGGCACUGUUUUGUAGCCUUCUAGUCUAUUCUUCUGUUCUGUAAGGGAAGGGUAAUUGUGUAUACGUAUCUUGUUCUAUAUAAUAACUUUAGUAAAGAUUGUGGCUGUGUCGCAAAUUCUACAGCUAGGCCUUGUCUAGGGCGCUGUAAAAAUUUUGGCUGGUCCUUCAAUGAACAUGUUGAUAGAGAAAUAAAGUGGUCAUUGUCCAAGUGUCC